AUGGCAAUGUUGAAGCAUUUACUGAUAAAUGUGCAUUUGGUGGAGGCACUCAAGCAAAUUCCAAGGUAUGCUAAAUUCAUAAAGGACCUUGUGACCAAGAAAAGAGUAGUGAGAUAUGAACCGGAGGAUAAUCUCCACCAUUGUAGUGCCAUUUCUACACGAUCCUUAGUGCAAAAGAAGGCCGACCCUAGAGCAGUCACUAUUCCAUGUACAAUCAGGUCUUUCAAUAUUGCUAAGGUCAUAUAUGAUCUGGAGGCGAGCAUAAAUCUGAUGCUGCUAGCCAUGUAUAAAAAUCUAGUUUUGGGGGAUCCUACCCCGAUAAACAUUCGGUUGGUUAUGGUGGAUAGGUCUAUAAAGCGGCCAGUAAGAAUAUUACAUGAUGUAUUGGUAAAGGUGGCCGACUUUAUACUUCAUGCUAAUUUUGUAGUCCUAGACUGUGAGAUGGAUCUUGAAGUACCCAUCAUUUUGGGUAGACUAUUACUUGAUACUAGGAGAGUAGUAGUGGACAUGGAGCUGAAUGAUCUUAAGUUCAGGUUCAAUGACAAAGAAGAAAGAAUCAAAAUGCACUCAUCCACGACACAGCAAAAGGAGAUGAGUGUCUUCUGA